CCCCACUCGUCCAUUAUCACCAUCGUUUUCUCAUUUCCACCGAGAUAAUCAAAACAAAGCAGAGCGACAACAGUCGCGCACAGGGGAGCUCGGGGAAAAUUUCCUUAGCUCGAUUCUUGAGCUACACUGAUCCAAAAAUCCCGUAAGUAAUGCUUAAUUCAUCUAUACAUCGUGAUUUAUCGAUUUAGAGCUUUAAAACGAGUUUUUGGUUCAGGAAUUUCUUGAAUUCCCGAUAAGCCAAAUUAGGGUUUCGGAGUAUCCGGAAGCCGGAUUGAGCCCAAAUUUCAUAUACGAGCUUCCUGCAGCGAGGUAAUCAAUCCCCUAGUUCUAAUCCCUGAAUUUCGGCUAUUAAUUAGGCCGGGGUCCAAACUGCUGGAUUUAGCUCCGGCCAGGGUUUGAUGUGUUUUUAUCGAGAAUUUGACCCGGAGCCCAGAACUAAUAUUGACGGGGAUACUGCAGGGGAUAUUAGGACGGUCUCGGAUUUUAAUUCGGGGUUCGUUCGUGAAAUUGAUGUUUUAGUACCGGAGGCUAGAACCGGUGUUUGAACGACCAGAACUGGUGAGGGAUUAGCACGGCAUACCGGGUUUGUCGUAUCACGAUAAUUAUAUUGAUGCUCAGAAUUGACCUAGGUGAACUAGAAUGACAUGAUUAGGGGUGUAUGGACUUUUGUGCUAUAUGAUGAACCCUGGACUGUUGUAUGAUAUUAUUGAUUUGCCCUAGCCAAUAUGGACCUUGUUUAUGUUGAUGAUUGCAUACAUGUUGCCAUUUGUGACUUAACCGUUGAUAUGAAUUCAUGGUUGUUCGAUCAGGUGUUUUGAUAUGUGAUAUUGUGGUUGUAUUUGGAUUCACAAGUGGGGGAAAUAAACUUCCCAGGGUGAUAUUAUGAUGUUUAAAGAGAAUGACUUGCACGAGGGUUUAUCCCGAGGAAGUGCAAUUAUACGACUCCUGAUUUACCUAUGUUGAGCCAAUUAUGGCCAGGUCAAGUACAUGUGCAAGUAAUGAAUUAUGAUUAAGCAAGAUGAGAUAUGAAUCAUGUAUAAGGAUAUCAAAUAUGAGGGUUGUGGUCUCACGGUCAACUACAUAGUAAUUAGGGCUCCCUAUGCUAUUACUCUAUUAUGAUAUGUAUGAUAGUCACACCUCUCAUGUGGUGGUGACUGAAGAAUUCUUAUGAGAUAUGACCACACCCAGAGCGGUGUCGGGGUAUGACUACACCCAUAGUGGUGUGGGGUAUGUUGACCACAUCCGACGGGAUGUUGGGGUAUGUAUGACUACAUCCGACGGGAUGUGGGGUAUGUUUCCCGGGAGAGUUAUUAGCAUGGGAGUAGCCAGGCGCCUAUAAGUAAAACAUGAUAAGAUGCAUAUGCAUAAGUCAAGGUGGUUGAGUCUUUUGCUUAUUGGGAUAUGAGGAUGGCUGAGGUCCGAUCCUAGUGUUUUGGCUUGUUUGCUAGAUGUAUGGUAGUGGUAUGCUAUGUUAUGAACUCACGAUGCUAUGAUUAUCUCACUCAGCUAUGAGCUGACCCUCUUUUAUUCUUCUUCUCUGCUUAUGCUAUGUGUAAGCAGAUCAUCAUCAUCAGCAACAGUAGAUAGGUGUAUAGGUGGGAGCUGAGCAAGAGUUGAAGGCAAGAUGAGGUAUGGUCUUCAACCAUUCUGUGCUUGGACUACUACUCGGGAUUUUGGCCAGUGAUCCACACAUUUUUUGUAAAAAUGUUUUGAGAACGUUUUUCAUGUGCAUACUAGCUUCUGAUGUAGUGUGAGAUAUCCACAGGUGUGGAAAAUUGAUGAUAUGUGUAUAUGUUGUGUAACUGUGUAAGUUGUGACGAUUAUGGUAUGUAUAAGUUUGGUAUGCAGUUGUGUAGUAUGAAACUGUGACUAUGGCUAUGAAAAGCCAAUGCAUAUGGUUGUGAGUAUAUAUGUUUGUGAUGAAUUAUUUUGCAGGAUAAGUUGCAAGAACUGUUAGCCCAUUACGCGAGUAAUUCAUGUCGAAAUUUUAUUUAGGUAAAUUUUGAUAAUUAUUGUAACACCCGAGAUUAAUUCCGCUGCAGUUGUAUGAACAGUAUGAUUAGGCAAAACAUAUAGGGUAGGGUGUUACACCUAGCGCAUUCCCAGUUGAGCAGCAUCAUCAACUAACACGUCCUGCUACUGCUGAUCAUCCCGACCCCGCCAGUUAUCGUCGUCUGGUGGGUCGUCUUCUCUACUUGACCGUCACACGGCCAGACAUCACAUAUGGGGUCAACAUUCUCAGUCAGUUUGUUAAUUCUCCCACACGUGCUCAUAUGGAUGCGGCACAACGUAUCCUUCGCUAUCUCAAGAGUGCCCCUGGUCAAGGGUUGUUUUUUCCUUCUACUAAUUCUCUCUAUCUCACGGCAUAUUGUGAUGCAGAUUGGGGUGGUUGUCAAACCACGCGACGGUCGACUACUGGCUAUGUCAUUACACUAGGCGGUGUUCCGAUUUCCUGGCGCACGAAGAAACAACAGGUUGUCGCUCGCUCCUCGGCCGAAGCUGAAUAUCGCGCCAUGGCGCACACCGUCAGUAAAGUUCUCUGGUUACGCUGGCUGUUACAGGAACUCGGGGUGUCGAUACAUGGUGCCACACCUCUUUAUUGUGACAAUCAAGCUGCCUUGCACAUUGCAGCUAAUCCGGUUUUUCAUGAGCGCACCAAACAUGUCGAGAUGGAUUGCUAUUUUGUUCGUGAAAGGGUGCAGUCAGGCGACAUCAAACCCUUGAAGGUUAGCUCGCAUCUCCAACUUGCGGACAUGUUCACCAAGGGUCUCGGUGCUGAGCGUUUCCAUUUCUUGUUGUCCAAGCUGCACGUUCGGAAUCUCCACGCUGCAGCUUGCGGGGGAGUAUUGGGAUCGAGUCCGAAGCAUCAGUCCACUGGGCCCAUGAGGAAGCCCACGUCCGCCGCAGUCAUUGAAUCAACGUCCAAUUCUUGUGGAUUUUUCACUUGUCCUCAUUGUGUAACCCUAGAUGCAUGUGAUGAAGGGUAUAUAUGUGCUGUAAGGCCUUCGGCCAAAUCACAACAUUGAGAAAUAAGAUUACAGCCGGAGAGUUGAACUCUCCCGUGAACUAGUCCCGACAUUCGGGGAAACCACGUAAAACCUUGGUCUCUUGUGCAUUCGUUCAUUGAUCACAUCACUUUUAUUAGUGUGUAAUCGGGAUUCGAAUCAAAGAUUUCUCAAUUACAGAAUGCGCUAAUACCGAAUCUGCGGAUUGUAUUUAUUGGUGGUUUUCAAAGCCUGCGUCAAAGUAUAACCUAGAUCGGAGAAUGACGAUCGAAGAGGAGAGGAAAAUAAGGGGAGAGAUGCGAAGUGUCCUUUGAAACUUUGGACGUAUCUUUGUCGACGAGGGACAAGUGUUUGCAAAUCAAGCACCAAUAUUAGUGACGGCUGUCUCCAAGUUUCCAUUUCCCCACGUGUUGUUUCUUAACUGUUUUCUUUCUUCCCAUUACUGAAUUCUAUGUAACAUAUAUAUUUUAUUACUUAUUUAUUGUCAAAUUGAUUUUCGGUUUGAAUUUAGAGAACAAAGCCAUAUAUAUAUUUAUCAAAGUAAUAGAAUAAAAUAGAUUCACCCUGUUAAUUAAGUAAUAAAAUAAAAACUAGGCAAGCGAAAAUGAUGGUUGAUCGCCUCUAAAUUGUCAAGUAAUCAUUUUAAUUAAAUAAAUUAAUACUAAUUAAGUGGAGUAGUAUCAUUAAGGACAAUCCAAUUUCUUUGUUUCAUCCUUUCUUCUUCUUCUUCUUCCUUUCUAUUUUUUUUAUAAAAUCGUCCAUUGCGGGCAUUGACCAUCAUGAUAGCUAGGGGUGUACAUGGAUCGGGUGGUUCGGGUUUAGUCAUUUUAAUCAGUCGACCCAUGCAUUACAGUUUGGAAAAUAUCAAACCCAAAUCCACCCACAAAAAUUUUAACCCUACGGUUUGUUUCUAAUUGGGUUGGGUCGGGUUGGCGAUAUUUUUAAGUAAACCCCCAACCCAACAUAAAAUAUAUAAUUAUUCUAUGUCAUAAAAACAUUUUAUAACUAAUUAAAAUUUCAAACGAAUGAACCGAGGUGAAAGGUAUCAAAAUUCACAAAUGUUGUUUGAAUUUUAAUAAAAUGUGAUCUAUUUCAGCAUCUGUCUUGUUUUUUUCACAAUAUUUGUUGAAAUAGGCUAAAAAUGUUAUAAACAAACGCAUCCAUAAUAUGUUAUUCUAUUAAAAUUGUACACAAGAAAAAGGAUUACGUGAAUCAUAACUAUAUUCAAUUUAUGUCUAAAUAUUUUUUAGAUUCGAACUCAUACUAAUAGUUGCAACACGGGUUGGGUCGGGUUCUACGGGUUGUGUAAUCCAAAAUCCAAACCCAACCCCAAAAGAAGCGGGUUGUACAAAAGAAAACCCUCACCCAACUCAAAACCUUCGUUUUAGAGAUUUAUACGGGUGGGUUGGAUCGGGUUGUACGGAUGGGGUCAGUUUGCGGGUGUGUUUGUUCACCCCUAAUGAUAGCUAUGUGUCCUUCCAUUUAUAAGUAAAUAAAACGAGAAGAAAUGGAGAAACCGAAAAGCAAAUAAUUAAUAAUAGAGGGGGAGCAGGCAAACGGUCUAAUGAUGGUACUAUAUAUUUGUUAAUAAAGCAUAAUUAAAUAUAUGAUAAUUGAGUGAAGUCAACUAUUUGUCUACCUAUAUACCUGCAAAACUAAAUAGAUUAUCAGUACAGAAACUAUCAACUUAAUUAUUAUUAUCAUAAUUAAUUCUGCUGCUCUUUGUUUUUUUUUUUAAUGACGAGUCGUCGUUGUUGCCCCUCCAGCCUGAUCCUUUUUAUGUUUGUUAAUUAAUGGUUUGGAAAGGUAAUGGAGAACCAUUAAACUUUUGCCGACCAUUCACCGCGAUGGAUCGUACUAGAAUCCAACAAUUAUUGUUUAUUAAAGGAUUUACUCACGAGAGUAUAAUUGGUUUAGAGAGGUACAAAUAUGAAUCAUAUACAUUGUUAAUUAACAGUUAUUCUAUGA